GCGUCGGGAACGCAGGCGGUGGUGCUAGUGCUCACGGGGUGGUGGGCAGAAGCUGGGGGCGAGGCGGGCGCCACUAGCCGGCCCGGAGGGCGUCUCAACUCCGUCGGGGCCCGCGGUGCGGGUCUCAGGACCGAGGACUAGGCAGCGCCCCCCCUGUCCGUGGCUGGCCCGGAGGAGGCCCGCGGCUGGACAUUCCCGGCCCGCGGUGUCUUGACGCGGUUCUGGGAGAGAUCCCCAGACCUCCUGGCCGCCCGUAGGGUGCCCUCCGCCACACCUGCGCAGGCCUCGGGGCACCCAGGUGCGGGGGCGUGUGCGCGGCUAGGGAGCCUCCCCCGGUCGCCAGCGAAGCGGGGGCGGGGCCGCCCGCAGCCCGCCGUCCUCAGUUUCACCGGUUCGCCUGCUGCGCCGGGCCGCGCGGCAUGAGCUCCCCGGGGACCGCGGCUCGGGAUGCUGCCCGCCAGCGCGGCCGUUCGCGCGCAGACCGCCGCCCCUGCACUUGCCUCUUGGGCCACGUCCCGCUGUUUACAUGCCGGUGAUUUAUGCCGCUUCGAACCCCUCUGAGCCCCGACUCCCCAAGGGUGAAGCCGGCCGGCCCGCGAACUAGACUGGUCGCUUAGACCUGGAGCUCCGGACUCAGCUCCCUGCCCGGUCCGCCGCCUCCGCCACCAUCUGGGCAGGAUCCGGCUCUGGUGUUUUGAGGAGGGGGUGUGGUGUAGGGAAAGGAAUCCUGGGGAUUUCUGUCCCCCCCUUUUUUGGCCUUCGGGGCUUUAGACUCAGGGAACUCGCUCAUGGCUUUCUUGAUGAAGAAGAAGAAAUUCAAAUUCCAAACCACUUUCACCCUGGAGGAGCUGACUGCAGUCCCCUUUGUGAACGGGGUCCUCUUCUGCAAGGUCCGGCUGUUGGAUGGCGGGGAUUUUGUCAGCUUGUCGUCAAGGGAGGAAGUGCAGGAGAACUGCGUGCGGUGGCGGAAGAGGUUCACCUUUGUGUGUAAGAUGAGUGCCAACCCGGCCACGGGCCUGCUGGACCCCUGCAUCUUCCGCGUGUCCGUGCGCAAGGAGCUGAAAGGCGGGAAGGCUUACUCCAAGCUGGGCUUUACUGACUUGAACCUGGCUGAGUUUGCGGGCUCAGGCUCCACGGUGCGCUGCUGCCUGCUGGAGGGAUAUGACACGAAGAAUACCCGUCAGGACAACUCCAUCCUCAAGGUCACCAUUGGCAUGUUCCUGCUCUCUGGGGACCCUUGCUUCAAGACGCCACCAUCCACUGCCAAGUCCAUCUCCAUUCCGGGCCAGGAUUUCUCCCUGCGGCUGACGUGUAAGGGUGGUGGGACAAGCAGUGGUGGCAGCAGCAGCACCAGCUCUCUGACGGGGUCCCGGCCUCCCAAACCCCGGCCCACCAUCCUUGGCUCAGGGCUACUGGAGGAGCCAGACCAUAACCUGUCCAGUCCCGAGGAGGUAUUCCACUCCGGCCACUCCCGUAACUCCAGCUAUGCCAGCCAGCAGUCUAAGAUCUCUGGCUACAGCACAGAGCACUCGCGCUCUUCCAGCCUCUCGGACCUGACGCACCGCCGGAACACAUCCACUAGCAGCAGCGCCUCCGGUGGCCUCAGCAUGACAGUGGAGGGCCCUGAGGGCAGUGAGCGGGAGCACCGGGCCCCUGAGAAGCCACCACGCCCACCACGGCCUCUGCAUCUGUCAGACCGUUCAUUUCGGCGGAAGAAGGACUCAAUGGAGAACCACCCGACCUGGGUAGAUGACACUCGGAUCGACGCAGACGACAUUGUGGAGAAGAUCAUGCAGAGCCAGGACUUCACAGAGGGCAGCAACACAGAGGACAGCAACCUCCGGCUAUUCGUGAGCCGUGAUGGCUCCGCCACUCUGAGUGGCAUCCAGCUGGCCAACAGGGUCUCUUCUGGGGUCUAUGAGCCAGUCGUGAUUGAAAGCCAUUGAGGAGCAGGUGUCCAGGCUGGAGAAGGGUCCUGCCUUCUCGGGUAUCCAGACCCACGUCAUUCCACGAGGAACCUUCCCAUUUGGAUCACCAUUCGCACCACAUCUCUGUGCCUCCUCCAAGCACUCCAGCCCAUACCUGUUCCCUAAGCAUCAUUCCAUUGUCCUCCCAUCCAUGCCGGGAGCCUCCUGGCCCAAGAGGGCCCAGGCACCACUGUGAAUAUUCUCCUCUGAACCACUAGAGGGCAGGACAGGUGGGCAAGAGGAGCCAGCCAAGACCAGCUAUGCUGGAGACCGACCUGGCCCACUUGCAGAGGACAUGCGGCAGCACCUGAAUAUAUGGGGAUGUUUGUGGCUGAGGGCCUGUCCAUUCCAGGGGCACUGGCUUUGGUCAUGCCCUGGCAGAGCCUUGCUCCAUUGUCCCCUUUCCCUGGGGAGGGGGGCAGACUACCCCUGGAAUCCUGCCACCUGUGACCCUUUGACUGCUUAGUGCUUCAGCUUUCCCUUCCCUGUGUCCUGGGGGACCUGCUGGCGGCCUCCUCCUAGGAGCCACAACCUCAGACCUGGCCCACACUCCGGAUUGAGACCCCACCUUCCCCAGCGAAUGUUCUCCUGCUGCCCUGGCAGCCUGCACUUUGCACAUGCUUGUCCCCAGUGCAGCACCAUUGGCCCUCUCCUCCUGACCCCUUCCCAAGGACUCCUGGUCACUGCCUGCUGUGCAGUCAGAGGCUGGUGUCCAGCAGCCCGGCCGGAACGGGAUGCUGCUUCUCCCUCCAGGUAGCUCCAGCUCAGUCUGCGCGCUGAGGGUGCCCUCUGCUCAGGGCUGGGUCCUGAGCAGCUGGUUUCUUACAGGAAGGUUGGGGUAAGCAAAGCCACUUUCUCUGCCCUCAGAGUGAGCUGACCCAGGCUGGGGUGGAUGCCAACAGAGGCAGGUGGGCUGUGACUGGACCACCCGGAGCUGGCUUCCUGGCUGGAAAAGCUGUAGUCUUCCUCUGGAAGCAUCCCCCCUUUUGGGCAAGGGAGAGUUGGGAUCCUUUAAGGGGUAUGCUUUCCCCGCAGGGAGCAGUCUGGCCCUGCGCCCUGGCCCCUACCCUCACUAAAGCCUCUGCUCUUAGCACUUUCCCCCUGGUCCUUGUAACCUGCUUGAAGGUGGAUUCUGGCUGCCAGCCAGCCCCUGGACAGACUCUCCUGCCCCUUUUAAAUAUCACUUGUGUAAACCCAGCAGGCUGGUGUUUACUUAGCCCUGUAGGUUUUUUCUGUUCUUUUUUUUUCUUUCUUUUGAUUGAGUUCACAGUUAAAUAUUGCCUCCACCCCCAGGUGAGGGGAGGUCCUUCUCUUCUCUGCCCCAUCUGCUGGCUGGGUCCAGCAGGCUGGGGACCCAGCUGGGGAGCAUGGGUGUUCUCCCCAGGCUGGGAGCAUCCUUGCCCAGCUCCCUAGCUGGCCAGAGUAGGGUUCUUGGUCUAGGAACUCCCUGGCAUUGGGACCAGAGCAUUUCUAGGGUUUUGUUGUUGUUGUUGUUUUACUGAUCUAACUCUUAGAAAAUGAAUGUUGGAAGGUGCCUGCCAAGGCAGGAUGGAGCAUUUGCUCAAGUUGGAGAAGGCUCUGGUCUGCCCAAGAGUCCCUUUCUGCCCCCACAGAGAUACUGGCACUUUAAAAGGAAACUGGCCACACAGUCUCCAGAUGAUGAAUUGGCCCCCUGAAGGUGGAGGAAUGCUGUCCUUCCCUUCUGUCGGUGUCAUCUCACCCACCCCAGUGGGGAGGUACAUUCAGGGUAUUUGGGAUAUGAUUCAAAGUUCUGGGACUUCAGGCCCAGAACAACAUUGGCUUUGGUGCUGUUGGGGAGAUCCCUCCAAACCACGAGUCUCAGCCCCAACCCCACCAAGGUCUGGGUUUGGCAGUCACCCCAGAAUGAGACAGAGCCUGCCACUUGCUCCCAUACCAGGCCCUGGGCAGGGUAAUUGGGCCACCUGAGAAUUUGGCCACAACCAAACUGAUGCUGACUGGAGCCAGAGGCCCAGAGUCUUGGCCUUGUCCCCAUGAGGGAGUCCUUUCUUCAGCACUCUUGCCCCCUUGAGCUCAGUGAAUUCCCACCAGGUGCCCCUAGCUCCUGGACUUCAAAUUCUAUAUAUAGAGAGAUGGAGAGACUAUAUUAGAGAUAUUUUUGGAAGGAAUUGGUCUAUGCAAUGCCUGUUUGGAAUCUUCUUGAAAGUUUAAUGUUUUUACUGGGAGAUAUAAAGAAAAUAAAAGUCUACAAUAUUUUUA